GGGGUCCCCGCGGUGUGCGCUGCGGGGGAAGGUGGCAGGGCGACGGAAAGCGGAGAGGUUUCGUCCCUGGCCGCGUCUCCGAUGCGUCUGUAUUUUUACACGAUUCGUUUAAUUUGAAUUUGCGGCGCCUUCGGUUGGCCCGGUGCUGGGUUUUCUCCUUUUUGUUUUAAUUUGGGGUGGGUUUUUUUGGAACGCUGUUUUUUUAUUUAUUUCCUACGUUUUAGCUUCUCCGGUCGAAGCGAUCGCGCCGUGGGUCGGUGUCGGCCGCCGGUCCCGGCGGAGAACGGGAGCCUGUGCUGCGUCGGGUACUGUGGCCGCGGAAAGGCAGCGCACCGGAGCCGUGCCUGGCCCUCCCUGGCGCCCCUGCUGCGCUCGCCUCGGCUAAGGAGCACCAUGCUUCUCUCAGUAAAAGUCUCUCUCUACUUCUUUCUCCCUCUUUCUUCCUAGGAUUUUCUCCCGGUCUCAGAAGCCCAUCAGAGGCACCAGCUGCUCCGCCGGCUUGCGCCCACCUCGGGAAGAUGGGAAGCAAGGCUCUGCCAGCCCCCAUUCCGCUGCACCCAUCCCUGCAACUCACUAACUACUCCUUCCUCCAGGCUGUGAACACCUUCCCCGCAGCUGUGGACCAGUUGCAAGGUCUGUACGGACUCAGCGCCGUGCAAACCAUGCACAUGAACCACUGGACAUUGGGCUACCCCAAUGUGCAUGAAAUCACCCGCUCUACCAUCACGGAGAUGGCGGCGCAGGGCUUGGUGGACUCCCGCUUCCCUUUCCCCGCGCUCCCCUUUGCCACGCACCUCUUCCACCCCAAGCAAGGGGCCAUCGCCCACGUCCUCCCAGCAUUGCACAAGGACAGGCCUCGCUUUGACUUUGCCAACCUGGCCGUGGCCGCCACGCAGGAGGAUCCCCCCAAGGUGGGGGAGCUCGCCAAGCUGAGUCCCGGACUGGCCUCGCCCCUGUCGGGCAUUAGCAAGCUGUCCCCGGACAGGAAGCCUUCCCGCGGCCGCCUGCCCUCCAAGACGAAAAAGGAGUUCAUUUGCAAGUUCUGCGGCAGGCACUUCACCAAGUCCUAUAACCUUCUUAUCCACGAGCGAACCCACACGGACGAGCGGCCUUACACCUGCGACAUCUGCCACAAGGCUUUCCGGAGGCAGGACCACCUGCGGGACCACCGGUAUAUCCAUUCCAAAGAGAAACCCUUCAAGUGCCAGGAGUGCGGGAAGGGCUUCUGCCAGUCCAGGACCCUGGCGGUCCACAAAACCCUACACAUGCAGGAAUCUCCACACAAAUGCCCCACAUGUGGAAGAACCUUUAAUCAAAGAAGUAACCUGAAAACUCACCUUCUUACCCAUACAGACAUCAAGCCCUACAACUGUGAGCAGUGCGGCAAAGUGUUCAGGCGAAACUGUGAUCUACGGCGGCACAGUCUAACUCACACCCCGCGGCAGGACUUCUAGAGCAGCCAGGGACCCGCGCCCGCUCCGGCAGCUCCAACUUGCCCACUUUACUCAAGGAGUGUAUUGUAGGAACUCACAGAUGCACACACACACACACACACGGAGACACGCACGCAGACUCGGGGCCAAGCUUUCCUACCACAUGUCUGCGAAACUCGUUUAGAGAGUGCGGACUGCAGGAUCGGGCCCCUCUCCAACCCACACCCAAGCGUAAAGCUCAUCUUGUAGAUAAUCGCGGCUCAUUUUAGAGCUCUGUACAGAACGUGUUUUUUUCUUUGUUUGUUUGUUUUGUAUCGUGUCAAAUGCACAUCGAUAACAAAUCCUGGAGGCAAAGUAUCUCUUUAAAAAGUUAUUUCAAAAUAAAACCUUUUUUUUUUUUUUUUUUUUUUUUUUUUUCCCAAAUACCUCCCGCCUUCUUGUAUUAUUCUCUGAGCAUUUGGGCUUUUUUUUUCCUGCUGUGUCAAUGCAAUGGCAAAGCAUAUUGAAUAAAUUUCCUAGCCGGGUAAUUGUACUGUCACAACAAUUUUGGUGAUCGCUUUUGUUUGGUCUGUUCCACUGUCGCUGUUGUGUUAUCUAUUGUUAAGUAAAAUGAAAGUGCCUUA